CAUUUGUUUGCAUGUAUAUAUGGCAGGGUUAUCGUGAUUCCUCGUCAUGAGUUGCAUCUCGGUUUCAUCCCAUACAAUGAGCAAACGCUGGGCUUCAGCCGAGGAUAGUAAGAUGCAGCAGGUCAUGUCGAAGCACUUUGCCAAGGAUGGGAACUCAAGCCCCAAAGUCAACGAAAAGCAUGCCAGUAUGCGCCCACCCAGCCCAUCUCUAUAACGAUACCACCAACUAUCGGCGAACUUCCGGAGGCCUUGACACUCAAAAGCCUCUGAAGCUAGUUCAAACAAACCUUAAAAGCCGCAGCCGGGAAGUUUAUGGACAUUUUUCCCUUGGAGACACUGUCCGACCCUUGCAAUCAUUGGCCCUGUACCACCGAACGAUCCGAUCCCGUAUUACCGGCUCUCUUCCCCAUGCCAGCCAAGGGCCGAAAGGAUGUCGGGGUAGGCCUCACCCCACGCUAAGCCGGCUCAAGCGUGAGCAAAAGCGGGAUGUUCACUGUGUUGCAACUUAGCAUUGGAGGAAGCGGCCUGCCCAGAUGCUUGGCAAACUCUUGGCCUGUAAGCGGAGUGGUAUUACCCCGGGUGGUCAUCUGUGAUAUCUCUGGGGUUUGCAGCAUGCUGGGGCUCGACCACGAGAAAGAUGCGGAAGGAAAGUGCGGGGGUUAGGUGCACGAGGGUUGUAUAAGUAGGAGUUGAGACGGGAUUGUUGUCUUGGGAGAACUGUGGUAUAUUCAAAUCAUAUUGAUCAUUGUUCCUUUCAUCCUCGUGAAGUUUGAUCAACCGUCUGGAAAUUCCCGAUCGACAUUUUUCAUGGCGUCUAACGUGGCUGCCGAUCCCGUCGCGAAGGGAAUUAUUCCCACCGCUCGCCAGGCUUUUAAAGAUCUGUUUAUUUGGAGACAGCGGGUCGAGGUGACGAAUGAUUAUGGAGAAACCCGCACAGAGUGGCAUGAUCCAGAACCCAUCCACAACCCCAUCAGCUUGAUGGCACAAUUAUCCGCUCGGGACUGGGUCUUCUUCCUUGUGGGACUUGCAGCGUGGACCGCUGAUGCAUUUGAUUUCCAUGCCCUAUCAAUCCAGACCAAAAAGCUCUCAGACUACUAUGGUCGCUCGAAGACCGACAUCACAACAGCUAUUACGCUUACCUUACUUUUGAGAAGCGUUGGAGCGGCCUUCUUCGGGUUUGCUGGAGAUAAAUAUGGUCGGAAAUGGCCUAUGGUGCUCAACAUGAUCGUACUCGGCCUUCUCCAGAUUGCUACCAUCUAUAGUCAUACAUUCCAACAGUUCCUGGCAGUUCGCAGUCUCUUCGGGCUGUUCAUGGGUGGGGUGUACGGAAACGCUAUUGCUAUGGCACUGGAGCAUUGCCCUGUGAAUGCCAGAGGUCUCAUGUCAGGAAUUCUCCAGCAGGGAUACUCUCUCGGAUACGUUCUCGCGGCAUGUGCCAAUCUUGGGGUCGGUGGUGCUACUGAUAGUUGGAAGACUGUAUUCUGGGCCGCAGCGGGUAUCUCCAUCGGCGUCGGCAUUAUUCGAAUCUUCUUCCCGGAGUCAAAACAAUUCCUCGAGGCUAAGAAAGCAGGCAAGCGAAGCAUGAGUGCAGGCGAAUUCUGGAAAGAGACCCAAGUUAUGUUGGCCAAGGAGUGGAAAAUGUGCAUCUACUGCAUCAUUCUCAUGACCUGGUUCAACUACUACUCCCACACAUCGCAAGACUCCUACACCACCUUUUUGCUCACGCAAAAGCAACUUAACAAUUCCGGUGCUUCGAGGGCAUCAAUUUUAAUGAAGACUGGGGCCUGCGUGGGUGGAACAAUUAUCGGAUACCUGUCACAAUUUGUAGGACGUCGUCGGGCUAUCAUCGUUUCGGCCUUGAUGUCCGCAAUCCUUAUUCCAGCAUGGAUAUUGCCAACAGGAGAGCCAGCACUCAGCGCCACCGGCUUUUUCAUGCAAUUCUUCGUUCAAGGUGCAUGGGGUGUCAUCCCAAUCCACCUGAACGAAUUGUCUCCACCCGCCUUCCGGUCUUCCUUCCCGGGUAUCACAUACCAGGUUGGUAAUAUGAUCAGCUCUCCUUCGGCUCAGAUUGUCAACGCCAUCGCCGAAUCUACCUGGGUGACGACCCCAAAGGGUAUUAAGGCGUCCGCGUAUGGCCCGGUUAUGGGUGUUGCGACUGCCAUUAUUGCAAUCGGCAUUAUGGUCACCACUGCCCUUGGACCUGAGAAGCGUGGCCGUCGGUUUGAACUUGUCGUUGCUGCAGUGGAAGAGCAUCCUAAUGUGAAGAAUGCGGAUGUGGAACUGGGUGAGGAACGCAAAGCAAAUGAUGAAAUGAUUGAAUUGGCAGAUCAGAAGAAGUAGAUGGAUUCUGGGUUGACGAAUGCCCUAUUUGCGGGCGUACACACUGACCAUGUCCGUGCCCUUCGCCACCUCAUACGAUCGUGCAGGCUUGACAUACAAGGAUCUCCUGAAGUCUCCGAUCUCCGAGGAAGCAUUUUUCUUCUCUUUCCCGUCUUCGCCAACUUCUCCAGUAAUUACACCGUCGCCUCCUUCAGCUAGCAGAUUCCAAUGAACUCCUUUCAACCCCCAAGGCGGUCCUGGUAGCUUCGGAUCCUUAUAUAAUGGAAACUCUAGGCAAAUAAGCAAACCUCCCGACUUGGUUACCCGAGCUAUACUUGCCGCCCACUUCUUCCGUUGCUUGGGGUGCAUAGC